CCGUCCUCUUUUAUACCGUCAUUUCCCCCCCUAUAAAUACAGAGACCUAAAAUCAAUCCAAACAUAAAAAUUGGGGGUUAAGUUCACUUCAAACCCUAAUUGAGGUUUUUUUUUCGCUUCUCCGUUCAAUUGACAUUAUUUGCAGAGAUACAUAGGUUCUUGAUGGUGCGUAAAAGAGCAUCAUCUGUUGUUGCUUAUGAAGCUGCUUUGACAAGUGACUCCAAUGAGGACAAAACCAAUGUCAAAACUGGAGGUUCAGUGGAAACAACAGUAACUGAGCAAACAAUGAUCACUGUUGUAGCAGAAGAAGAAAAUGAUGGAGCAGAAGAAGAAAAUAAUGAAGCAGAAGAAGAGAGUGAUGGAGCAGAAGAAGAAAAUGUUGGAGCAGAAGCUGAAACUUUAGAGGGAGUACUUGCUAUGGAGGAAGAUGAAGAUUAUGAAGAAAAUGAAGUGGUUGGAGGAGGAGAUGAAACAUGUAGUGCUGAUAAUAAAGAAGAAGAUGUCACUGGUAAUGAUGAAGGUAAUAACCAGGAAAAUGCCAUAGAACUAGAAGGCGGUAAACAGAACAUAGAUGAUAAGCAGGUAGGAGGUGCUGCUGGAACAGACAAAAAUAACCAAGAAAUUGGUAUGGAAAAAAAUGAAGAUGAAACAAAUGCAAACGAAAAGAAUGAAGAGAAAGUGGGAGGAAGUUUGAAACAAAAAACGAAAAAAAUGAGGAAAAGGAAUAAUAAGAAGAGAAAGGCAAAUGGAACCCCCCAAGAGAAAGGUGAAAAUAAGCAAGUUAUGAAGAAAUUAGCCUCUAAUGUCAAGGUUAGGGAGGAUUUGGGAAAAUUGGACUCAAAAGUUGUUGAGCAAAGCUCUAAGAAAGUUGCCUCCGAAGAUAAGUCGAGGGUGGCCAAAGACAAGCCCGAGCCAUCAAGCAAGAAGUCAUCCGCGAAGAAGAAGGCUAAUAGCAUGGGUAUGAUCUUCAUGUGCAACUCUGAGACUAAGAAUGACUGCUAUCGUUACAAGGUUCUAGGAUUGCCGGCAAACAAGAAAGAGACGGUGGAAAAAAUUUAUAAGGGGAUGAGGCUUUUCCUUUAUGAUGUUGAUUUGAAGUUGAUGUAUGGGAUCUAUAAAGCUGCAGGACGUGGUGGUUCAAAUCUUGCACCCAAGGCUUUCAAGUCUCAAUUUCCAUCUCAGGUUCGUUUUACUGUUCUUGAGGAUUGCUUACCACUAGCAGAGGAGACUUUCAGGCAUGCGAUUAAGAAGAACUAUUACUCAAGGUCAAAGUUUAAUUGCCAGUUGUCCUCUGAACAGGUGAAGGACCUGUGUAAGCUUUUCACUGCUGUGAGCAAAGGGUCCAGGUCCAAAGACACACGGCUUGGACCUGAGACCCGUGUGGUAUCCACACGAGACAGAGCUAAGAGGCGAGGUCGGGAUGAAAGAAGACGUCCUGAUCGUGCUCCUCGACGAUCUGAGCGGGUUGAAGAUCGUCGGUACCGUGAGCAGGUUGAAGAUCGUCGGUACCGUGAGCAGGUUGAAGAUCGUCGAUACCGUGAACAUCCCCAUUUUCAUGAAAGGAGCUUAAUUACGUCACCUUUGGUACCAUUAGCCCCGCUUCAACCUUUACCACCACCUUCUCCUGUUCAAUCUUAUGCAUAUGAUAGGACCUUGGAAAGAGAUCCUUAUAGACGGGACACAGUGAUGCAGCAUAAUGAUUCUUACAGGCAGAGCCGAUUGGUGGAACUGCCUGAUGCUUAUAGGCGGGAUGCAGUGAUAGGCAAUGCUGAUGUUUACAGAAGACAGCCAUUAUUAGAGCCACGCGAUUACUACAGACAGGAGGUAAUCCCAGAGCGUCGUGAUCCCUAUGUGUCGUACCGUGAGCGUCUGUCACACCAUGAUCCUGUUAACUCGGCGCGCUCCCGGCCCGAGUAUAACCCCCCUCCAGCUGGUCUGCGAUCAGAAUAUCGUCGUGGUGGUAUAUCUACUGAGUAUGGUUCUUCUACUAGAGGCAUGCAUCCUGAGUACCCUUCAUCUGCAGCAAGCUCUCUGUAUGAGUACCCUCUUCGUCAACCCCAAUAUCGAUAUUAGGUUCUACAUAAAAGGUACCAUCGCAUGAUGCUCUGGUUAUCAUUCCCAUCAGAAUCAUGCCAGCUUAAAACUUCAGAGUAUCUAGAAUGUGCUCAAAAUCCAUUAGGGGUUCUAUUUUAUGUUGUAGACCUGUAUUCCAUGUUAUUCCCCCAUUCUUGCCAUAAGCAAGAGACUUAGGAGAUGGUAUGCCUUAUUUUGUGUUUUGAUCAGACUAUUCUUUCCUUGCAGAGGAGACAUACUUUAUGCCAGUUAGCUUAUAUUAAAAAGAAAAAACAAAACUUUAUGCCA